AUGGAGGAGGACGAUCGGUCGAUCGCGGCGCCCGAGGGGAAGAACAAGGCGAUCGACUACGACAAGCUCGAGAGGGACGUGGACCACCAGCGAGAUGUGGCUCUCAAGGAGGGGAGGCUGACUGAAGCUCUUGACGCGUUGCUGGGCUUGGAGAAGCAGAUGCGCCUGGCUGCUGACGUGGUGGGGACACGCACGGUGGCGGUUGCCAUUCUCAAGGUCUGCCACGAGGCAGCUGCGUGGAAGCUUCUCAACGAGCAAAUUGUGGCGCUGUCGAAGCGCCGAGCGCAGCUGAAGCAGGUCGUGGCGGCGAUGGUGCAGGAGGCCAUGAAGUACGUGGAUGACGCACCUGAUGACGUCAUCCGCGAGGAGCUUAUCAAGACGCUCAGUGGGGUUACAGCCGGCAAGAUCUACGUGGAGAUAGAGAGGGCGCGCCUGGUGAAGCGUCUGGCGCGUAUGAAGGAGGCGGAGGGCAAGGUGAAGGAGGCGGCAGAGAUCAUGCAGGAGGUGGCGGUGGAGACGUUUGGAGCCAUGGCAAAGACAGAGAAGAUCGACUUCAUCCUAGAGCAGGUCCGCCUGUGUCUGGAUUCAGAUGACUUCAUGCGAGCGCAGAUUCUUGCCAAGAAGAUCAGCCCGCGUGCAUUCGCCUCCGAGACCGUGGAGGCUGCUGAGAAGGCCAAGGCGGCAGAGGCGGCAGCAGCAGCGGGUGGUGGGGAGGGGAAGGAGGAGGGGAAGAAGAAGAGGAAGGGGCCCAAGGAGGAGGGGGAGAUCCAACCCGCUGCUCCUGAUGUGCCCACGCUGGUGGAGCUGAAGCUCAAGUUCUACGAGCUCAUGAUCCGCUACCACACAAACGCGAACGACUAUCUGGAGAUUUGCCGGUGCUACCAGAACAUAUACGACACACCUGCAGUCAAGGCCGACCAGGAGCGCUGGAUUCCGGUGUUGAAGCGCAUCUGCUGGUAUCUCGUGCUGGCGCCUCACGGCAGCAUGCAGUCGUCUCUCCUCCACUCCACCUUUGCUGACGCUCACCUCCUCGACCUCCCCAAGUUCCGCGCGCUGCUGAAGCUGUUUAUAACGAUGGAGGUGGUGGGGUGGCCGCAGCUGCAGGCGGAUUACAGUGCGGAGAUGCAGGAGGAGAAGCCCACCGUCUUCCUCAAAGACUCGGCUCUUGAGGACCUGCGCCUGCGCGUCAUUCAGCAUAACAUCCUGGUGGUGUCCAAGUAUUAUGUGCGCAUCACCAUGGCACGGCUUGCUCAGCUGCUCUCCCUCACUGUCCAGGAGGCGGAGAAGUUUCUAUCAGACAUGGUGGUGGAGAAGGUACUGGUGGCUAAGAUCGACCGGCCGGCGGGGAUUGUCACGUUCGGCGAGAGGCAGGAGAGUGGAGUGCAGCUGCUGGAUAAAUGGGCGAGUGACAUUGCGAAGCUGCUUGACCUUGUGGAGACGAGCUGCCAUCACAUUCACAAGGAGGCGAUGGUGCACAAGGUGGUGCUUAAAACAUGA